GUAGAGUGGGGAUGGGGAUUGGGAGGCAGGACUCCUGGGUUCUCUCCCAGCUUGGGGAGGGAUAAAGCAGCAUCAUUUUCUGGGAACCACAUGCCAUUUCCUCUUUCUAGCUUGAGGUUUCAGAGACCAAAAUAUCAGCUCCCACCCUCCUUCCCCCACUCCGCCUUCCUACACAGCUGGGAAAGGAGCCUCUGUUCUCCCCACUGCUCCGACCCCCCAAAAGACUCUGGGGCCAUGGAACACAUCCCCUUCUUCCUCCUCCUCUUCCUCCUCCGACACAGCCUGUGUGAUGCAGUCUGCAGGGAUGCGGAAGGGAUCCAAGGGGGUGAGGUCGUGUACCCCAAGAUCCGAACCAAUGGCAGCGUCCUGGAGUAUCGCUGCCCCCCGAACAGCUACGCCCACCCCGUGAGCUGGAGGGUCUGUCAGUCCAGUGGGAAGUGGUCGCCUCUGAGGAAUGCCUUCGAGUCAGCCCAAAGGCCCUCCUGCAUCAACUACACCUGCACUGGCUACAUCACCUUCGAGAAUGGGUGGCACGAGCCUCGGCAGAACAAGUACAGCGUCGGGGACACAAUCACCUUCCACUGCCAGCCCGGGCACCAGCUCUUCGGCACCGCCCGCCGCACCUGCCUGGCCAACGGCGAAUGGAGUGGCCGCACGGCCGUGUGCGACCCCGAGGACUCCCUGUGCCCCUGGCCAGGCAUCCCCCUCGGGGGGCAUCGCAAGGGCCGUAUCUUCGAGCCAAGCAAAGCCGUGACCUUCACCUGCCUCCAGGAGCUGGUGCUGCGGGGCUCUGCCCGCCGCGUCUGCCAAAACUCAGGCCAGUGGUCGGGGGAGGAGCCGCGCUGUGAGGGCCGCUACGCCUAUGACAAAGUGAGCUCUGUGGUCGAGCACCUGGACAUGGAAGAAAUCACCUCGCACGCACAAACAGGUCAGGGUCAGCGUGCGGCCCCUGUUCCCCACCCCCCACACGCCGAGCCAGGAGCCCCAAGGACUGGGGGGCCCAAGACCAGCCCCAAAGAUCCCCUUGGACACCACGCAGUCAUCUGCAGAGCCCUGCUAAUCCGUGGGUAUCCGCUUUAUAUCCACGGACCGUUUCUGCGGAGAGUAGCGCGGAUGUGAGGAACCACAGCAUGGAC